AUGAAAUUCCUGCUUGCUUUCGCUGCCGUUGUUGCCGUCUGCUUGGCCGCCCCCGUCGAUGAACGCGGCGCUACUAUUCUGAAGUUCGACAAUGAUCACCGAGGCCUUGGUGGUUACAACGUGGCCUACGAAACUAGCAACGGAAUCUCCGCCGUUGAACAGGCCCAUUUGAAGACCAUCGGCAGUGAUGCCGCCAUCGUGGUUCAGGGACGGUUCUCGUACACCGGUGCCGACGGACAGGUUUACACCGUCAAUUAUGUUGCUGAUGAAAAUGGAUUCCAGCCGGAAGGAGCCCAUCUACCGCGUGUCUAG